AUGACCGCUCCCAUAACUCAACAAUCAACGGCGCAAGCCAAGGAGGCUGCUGCUGCCGUCGCCUCUGUUCGCAAGAGGAGAAGACGCGCUCCCGCCGGAGGUGCCGCUGACGACUGCUUCACAUGCUCCAAGAGGAACGUAAAGUGUGAUCGCAGACGGCCCUACUGCUCACAAUGUCUCGAGAUUGGCAACGAGUGCUCCGGCUACAAGACCCAACUGACAUGGGGCGUUGGUGUCGCCAGCAGAGGCAAGCUCCGCGGCUUGUCCCUUCCCAUCGCGAAAGCGCCACCCGUGGCUGGAGUCGCAAAGAAGUCCCCAGUCCGCGCCCGUGCUAACUCAACCGCCACCUCCGCUGGCUGGGCCGACGUUGACAACAUGUCUCGAAGGAAUUCACGCGACAAUGGCGGCUUCUCACCAGAGCACAUCGUUACCACCCCAACCACCCCCUACCCUCACAGCUACGACUUCCUCUCCAUGUCGCAUCCCGAGCAAUCUUCGUCUAUUGCAGCAAGCCAUUGGGGCAACCUUUCAUAUUCCAGCAGUAUACCAACUGAUGGACCCAACUACCGCAAGCUGGGAGCUCAUCUGGGCCCGAUUCCCAUCUCGAGCGCUCUGUCUUCUUCACUGGAGUCCGUGAGCGACGCCGACUACAUGUCACCCAUCAGCCACUCAUAUCCGAGAGACGACAUUCCCUUUCUUCACAGCCCUACUGUCAUGUACGACGGUUAUAGCACGCAUGGCUCUCCAGUUCCGCAGAGCCCCAUCUCCGCCAUUCUCAUUGACCAGCGAGCCCCCACGUCUUGCCCAAGCCUCGUGUACGCACCGUCCGAACCGAGUUCGAGCCUCACGUCGCACAUGGACAACUUCGAGAGCCAGUUGAGUCAGAAACUGAUGCGGGAGUGUGACACUCUAAGCGUUCCCGAGAUGGAUGCGUACAGCACAAGCUGCAACUCGAACAGCAACGUAUGGACCUCGCCUCCUCCCGAAGAGAUGUCGCCGCGGCAUUCAGACCACCAGGCGUCGGCUCAAUGGCCUACCAUGUUUGAGCCCCAAGCCGUCCACGUCAACUCGGAUCUCAUUUCCAAGAUGCCAUUCUUCAUGGACUACUACAAGAACAUUAUGUGCCCGUCAAUGGUCUUCAUUGACGGCCCCAGCAACCCUUACCGCGAGCACAUUCUGCAGCUCGCCUCGAACAGCCAAAGCUUACAACACGCCAUCUGCGCCCUGUCGGCAUGCAACUUGCGGAUGAAGCGCAGGCUCAGUCUCGGCCAGGACACACGGGAGCUCUCCGAGAAGCUCAUGGCAGAGAAAUCCGCUGCUGAUUCAAUGGCGGAUGCUCAGCCUGAUGACCAGUCUCUGUCAGAAGAGUACCAGCACCGGAACCUGGCCGUUCACUUGCUCAACCAGCAACUGAACGACCCGGCCAAGUCGAGUCAUGACUCGGUUUUGGCAACUAUCCUACUGCUCUGCCACUACCGCAUGGUGGAGUCUGGCAUUGCCAAGUUCCAUACCCAGUUCGCCGGCGUCAAGAAGAUUCUCUCCAUGAGGCGCUCGCAGAACCUGGCUCCCUCCCGCGACUCCGCGUGGAUGGAGGCCAUCUUCACCUACUUUGACGCCAUCUCGGCGAGCAUCAACGACCGCGAGGCUCAGCUCAACACUACUUUCUACGGUGUCAUGCCCGACGCCCAGCUUCUUCCUCCUGGCGCUGAGAACAUGGUCGGCUGCGACCGUGAGCUCUUCAAGACCAUCGGCAGGCUCGGCAGACUUAACCUGCUUUCUCAGCACCGCGCGGUUCAGAGCACUCUCUCUCGCAACGUGCCAUCGCGGUCUCAGUCGCCGCUUGGCUCGCCCCUGGGCCACGCCUACAAGGGCAGCCUCAACAGUCUUCAGCACCAUCAACUGGGAGAUAUGUACAACAUGCCUAGCCACCGUUUCGACGGCAAUGGCUUCGGUUCAACGCUGGAUGAUGAUGAGUUUAUCUGCUCUCCCGUCACCUACGACGACCACCGCAACAACUUCUGGCGGGAAUGGAAGGAGGCCCGCGUUGCCCUCCAAAGCUGGGAGUUUGACUCGGCUCGCGUUCACGCUUCGCUCCCCGGCCCCGCAACCUCUGCACAGGUCCGAGACCUCGGCCAUCUGUCCGAGGCGUUCCGCUACGCCGCCCUGCUCUACACGGAGCGUCUGGCCUCGCCCAACGUCCCGUCGACGCACAGCAACUUCCAGAACCUCGUCUCCCAGGUGGUCUACUACGCGACGAGCCUUGAGGCCGGCAGCCAGGCCGAGAAGUUCCUCCUCUGGCCCCUGUUCGUCGCGGGCAGCGAGUGCGUCAACGAGCUGCAGCAGAACAUUGUCCGCAGCAAGUGCCGCGACAUCAUGGCCCGCUCGGGCUACAUGAACAACCUCGCGGCGCUGGACGUGCUCGAGAAGCUCUGGGCCGGCGAGUGGGAGAAGAACGAGCCGCGCAGCCCCGCGGCGGUCAAGCUCGAAGCGAUGCGCCGAGGUCCGUUCAACUGGACGAGGUGCAUCGGGGGACCCGGCGUGGAAGUGGAGUGGAUCAUGUUUUGA